AUGGCUGAGCAACGUUUUUUUUUGCAUUUACAGCAUUUUAAAAAUUCGGAUGUGAAACCUUGGAUAAAACCUGGUCACGGCAGCAAAAUAAUUCCAUGUGACACUUUUGAACAUCAUGCUGAAUACCAAUCAAUAAUAACACAAUUUGAUUUGGUGUGCUCAAGAGACAUCCUGGUGGCCACUACUCAGUUUUUCCAUCUUUUCGGAGUUCUUCUUGGGGGUAUCAUAACUACAAAAUUGUUGGAAACAAUUAGUCCACGCAAUACAAUGCUCUUAGGGAUGUAUGCUCAGAUUUUAUGUGGAUGUAUAACUGGUUUAGUUGAUGUUUUCGAGCUGCACAUGAUGUUCAGAUGUUUGAGUGCUAUUUGUUGUGGAUUAAUGUAUACAGCUGGUGGAGUAAUAAUGAGCGAUAUUACUGGAGGUAAACAUAGAACUGCAACCAUUUGUCUGUUUGAACAAUUUUGGUCAGUAGGAGUCAUGUUGUUACCAGGAAUAGCAAGUUUUUGGCAAAGUUGGUCACAAUUAUACCUAGCUAUUUCACUUCCAACGUUCAUUUUAAUAAUACUUCACAGGUGGAUACCCGAUUCACCAAAUUGGUUACUAGAACAUGGACGUAUUAUGGAAGCCAAAUCUGUACUAAUAGAAUCAACAAAAAUCAACAAGAAUACGUUUCUUCAAAACGACAUUGACUUACAGCUCAAAACUGCUUCUCAAGCCGAAAUGGACAAAGUGUCAGAAGGAUGGUGGAUGAUUUGGAAAGAAAAGACAGCUAUAAAAAAUCUUCUGAGGGUCCAUUUAGCGUGGUCUAUUUUCAUUGUCGUAUACUAUGGAAUGCUGUUAAAUAUUCGAGCUUUUGGUAGAGAUCAUUUAACCAUGAAUACCAUAAUCGCAGGAGCUUGUGAAAUGAUAGGUACAUUUGGAGGUUUAUACCUGAUAAUCUGCUCUAAUAAAAAAUGGUUUUGGUGUGGAUUAUUGAACAUCGCCGGAGGAUUGAUUGCAUACAUCGCAUGGAUAAUUCCUACAAAUAUUUCAGAAAAUCAACGAGUAAUGCUUUUGAUGCUGACUGCAAUGGUGUCAAAAGCGACAAUAUCUGUUGCAUUAUCUAUACUAACCACUUGCACGACAGAGUUAGUCUCACAACCAAUGAAAAAAGGAGCAGCGUAUUCCGCAACGGUUUGGGCGAGAAUUUGGUUACUAGGAGCACCUUUCAUAGGAGCGACAAUCAUUUUUGGACAACUUAUUCCACAAACGGCAUUUGGGUCACUAACAAUCAUUGGAGGAAUAAUCAUUGGAGGGAUUCAUAGUCCUCGUACACAUCCAUUGGCUAAAAAGAGACAUUUUACGAAGAAUCUAUUUGCACUUCAAAAACUGACAGGGAAGUGA